UGAGAGAGAGAGAGAGAGAGAGAGAGAGAGAGAGAGAGAGAGCUUGACAAGAUAGCACUCUCUCAGCGUGCCAAAAAAUAAGGCAUAAAAGCAAGAUCACAAUCCUGGAGCCAUAAUAGCUCCCUGGGUCUGCCUUUUUCCUUAGGGUUUAUCUUUGUUCUUGGUGGGGUUUCUUUAGUGCUUCUGGUUUUAUAUUUCUGUUGCUUUUGUGGGUUUUUUAAGCUACUAUGAUGAUAACAACCCCCUUUUGAGACUCUUUUAAGGGUUGCUCAUUAGCUUUGAUUCUUGUAAUCAUUUCUUGAGUUUUGUGGUUCGGAGGAGAGAAGCUUGCUUUUUCAUAAUUUUGAAGGUGUGGGUUUUUAUCAAUCUAAGCUCUGGUUUAGAAUUUCAAGCAAGAACUUUCUAAUUCAUUACUAAUCCUUGAGCUGAAACUUGAAAGAGUCUGCUUUAAUUCACCAAGAAAUGGAGGGUUAUUCAAGAAAAGAUGUGGGGUGUCCUCAGUUGCUUGAUUUGAUUCCAAAAGAGAAGGAAUGGCUUGUGAAAAGUGCGGAAGAAACAAACUAUGGACUUUCAGAGGAGAAAAAGCUUGAGCUAAGGCUUGGUCCACCUGGUGGAGAUUGGACAUUCAAACAAAUAUGUGGUCCCACAAAUGAGUCUCUUCUCUCCUUUGGCUUCUUCCCUAACACCACCGCCGGCGCCACCACCACCGCUCCAUGGCAACACCAAACAAAGGCUUCAUUUUUUCCGCUUAUGGAAAAGGAAUCGUGUCGAAUAGUAGAGUUGCAGGGCGCAGAAAAGAAGGCAUUUUCACCUGCAAAUACAGCAGUGCCUAACAGCAGCAGUGCUCAGAAAAGAACUGCUCCUGCUCCAGUGGUGGGAUGGCCUCCUAUUCGUUCGUUUAGGAAGAAUCUUGCAAAUGGCAAUUCUUCUAAAUUAUCCCCCGAGUCGCAGAAAGAUUUCAGCAAAAAACCUAUUGAAAAUUGCCCCAAAAAUAAGUUUGUGAAGAUAAACAUGGACGGUGUUCCCAUUGGAAGAAAAGUGGACCUGAAAGCGUUCCAUAGCUAUGAAAAGCUCUCCUCAGCCGUUGAUGAACUCUUCAGAGGCCUUCUUGCAGCUCAAGGUGAUUCUUCGACCAAUGGCAUCAAAAAAGAGGUAGAGGGAGAGAAAGUGAUAAGUGGUUUAUUGGAUGGAAGUGGAGAAUAUACCCUUGUUUAUGAAGAUAAUGAAGGGGACAGGAUGCUUGUUGGGGAUGUCCCUUGGGAUAUGUUUGUAUCAACUGUGAAGAGGCUGCGUGUACUGAAAAGCUCUGAACUCCCAAUGCUAUUCUGUGGAAGUAAGCCAGGAAAGCUCUCUCUCGACCGUUCAAUCUAAUAAGGCCAGAAACAACACCAUUGUGGAAUCUAAAUACAGAUAUUGCAGGGGCGCUGUUGUGUUUAUUUUAAACUUAUGGAUGACAAUUAAUAUGUUUUAAAGCCAAAAAAGGAAAAAAGUGUCAAUGACCAUUUACUCUAAACCCCCAGAACUCACCGUUUUCUUGAAUUUUGGCCUUUGGAAUACUGUAGGAAGAAAAGAUGAAGCUGCAUAUCUUCUUGUACAUGCUUAUUGUAUGAGAACUUCCAAUUAAUAUAGUAUAUUGUGAGGAUUUUCUUUCUUAUGGCAGCAA